UCGCCGCCAUCCUCAUCAGCUUCGAUCGUCAUACCGAAUGGCAGAGCAAGGAAGUCAAAAUCAGGCCGAAGAGCGGCUCCAUGUUGUUGUACAGUCGAAAGAAGGUGCGCUAUCGACGGGACGGUUACUGUUGGAAAAAGAGGAAGGAUGGGAAGACGACGAGGGAGGAUCACAUGAAAUUGAAAGUUCAAGGCACGGAGUGUAUCUACGGAUGCUACGUUCAUUCGGCGAUCUUGCCUACCUUUCACAGAAGAUGCUACUGGCUGCUUCAGAAUCCGGACAUAGUCCUGGUUCACUAUUUAAAUGUACCGUAUCCGGACGACAACAAGCUCGCCGUAAUAACGCCGAGCCUGUCCCUUUGGGCAGACAAGAAGGAAUGGACAAAGGAAGAGCUUAUUUCGCAAUUGAAGCCGAUGUUUUUUAGCGAGGACGAGCCUGAUUUAAACAACGAAUUAGAAAUAUCGACCGCCGAAACGGUUGAAGCCAUUGUAAGUCAAUUAAUGGAAAAGCAGCGAGUUGCUCGUCAGGCGGCUCUGGUAAAGCAAUUAGAGUGCGGAUGUCCCGAUUCGACGUGCGCCGAUGGAAAGUCGUGCUCGCAUCCGAUGCGUCGAAUAACGGCAGCAAAAAACGAAGUAGCGAACUCAUUACCUUCUUCUAGCUCAAAUUCGCGUCCACCCAGCCGUGCCGAAAAUAAUCAGGUGUCGUCAACGACCGGGUCCGGGGGCAUGUUCCUUAACAAUAACCACGCUGGUAGAGUCUACUCGCGCGAUGCACGCAACCAUCUCUCACAAUCGGCCGGGCAAAACUCGGGUAAUACUCCGCCACUGGUGCUCAGUUUGUCGCAGAUCCAAGGCGGUGGUGGUUUACUCAUACUCAACAGCAACUCGACGACCUCCACGAAUUCGACAACCCACCAGUCGUUUGUAGCACCAGUCUCCGUUGCAAAUUUCGUCUCCAGCACGACCGCCAGCCGGGUCCAUUCCAAAGUAGAUAGGUCAAAAAAUGGUCCGAUAGUUCUAAAACAGGAAAUCAUGGACACUCAAUGCACGUACGGUUCCACUAUAAGCAGACCAAAUGGACGAAUGCGCGAACUCAAGCACGACACAUCCACCACCAUGCUAGGAAAUAUGUCGUUUAAUCAACAAAAGAACGUCCACCACCAAAACGAAAUGAUAAUGGUUAGCGCCCCAUCUACUCCUUCCAAACGCAUGGAUACGAGCAACGAAGAAAUGCCGGAGUUCAAACAUCAAAACUUUUGCGGCGACACCGUGGUACUUUUAAAUACCGAUUCCGGUGGAUCUUUAGUUAGCAAAAAUGUCGGGUCUUCCAUAGCAUCCGGUAGUUUCUUUAACGAAACUUUAGAUUUAUCCCACGAAGAUAUUCAAAAAACUCUUUCUGCCAAUAUGCCGUUGUGUUCAUCCGAAUUAGAAGCACACCAAAAUCACAAUCCCGAACCGGCGAACAGCCGAAGUAACCAUAAAAGGGAACCGGAACAGCAACCGAUCACGCACGACAUGAACCCAAUGGAUUUCAUUAACACGUGCGACGUGGUCGUUUCUCCGACUCACGUGGUCGACGAUGACGUUUUUGUCAAUUUGGACGCGUUCGAUAUGCUCGGCGAAUUUCCCGAUUUAGAAGGUUUAGAAUCUGGACAUGCCACUCUUUUAGAUGUCCAUCCGUCCGUGAACGAAAAUCCGGGAAAAACUCAAAACAUAAUUCAGACACAAAUGGACGCGCACGCGAAGAUAACAGAUUACUCCCCCGAAUGGGCCUACCCUGAAGGUGGUAUCAAGGUAUUGGUCACCGGCCCUUGGCACUCCACCGGUCCUUACACGGUUCUCUUCGACACAUUCCCCGUACCCACCACCCUCGUGCAAGACGGCGUGCUGCGUUGUUACUGUCCAGCUCACGAAGCGGGCCUUGCUACAUUGCAGGUGGCUUGCAAUGGAUGCGUUAUAUCUAAUUCUGUGAUAUUUGAAUACAAGUUACCUCCGCGCGAAGAACAAGUUCCUGCUCCCGAGCCUAAGGUCGAACGUUCAAAUGACAAUUUACUCAAAUUCACACUGCUGCAAAGACUCGAAGCUAUGGACGAGAGGUUGCAGAUCAAACAGGAACCCGUAGACGGAUCGGAUCAUGUUGAGGACACAACUUUAUUCAUGCAAUCAAACUUCGAAGAUCGUUUGGUUACGUACUGCCAAACAAUGACCUCCAGGUUGUGGAGGUACGGUGAGGAGUUGAGCGUGUCUUGGUUUACCAGCCAUCGGGGCAUGACGUUGUUACAUUUAGCCGCGUCUUUGGGCUACUCGCGCUUGGUGUGCGCGUUGCUCCACUGGAGAGCGGAAAAUUCUUCCCUUCUUCUCGAAACGGAGGUCGACGCGCUGAGCCAAGACGAAGACGGCUACACUCCAUUGAUGUGGGCUUGCGUUAAGGGUCACACUGAUACCGCCGUCAUGCUGUACAAGUGGAACCAUACAGCGCUUAAUAUAAGAAAUAGUCGCAUGCAAACGGCUCUUGAGUGUGCGAGGGUCAACUGCAACAUGGAGCUGGUAAAGGAGCUCGAGAAGCUGGAGGCGCGAAGGGAUAAGGCUAAUAUGUUGUUGCACUCAGUGAACGGUUACAACGACAAUGGCAAUUCGCCUGCUGCCAUUUCACCGGCAAGCUCCGUGGCCUCGCUAACAUCAAUUGCUUCAACUAGUCGCUCACACGAUGGAGUUUUUCUUCGCCCGGGAGUGGUCACACGAAGUGAGUCGCAGAAAUACAAAAUAUUAAACCUCGACGUAGAUUCGCUGACGACCAGCGAAACUCACAACUCUUCCAGUAAAUCAAACUUUCUUCCAAGUACCUUACUGUCCGAAGCCAACGUGCAAAGUCGCAAUUUCGGUUCCCGUUUAAUCAAAAGACCAUCGAUCGACAGUGGUAUCAACAUGAACACUGUUCAGUCAAGCGACAGUUUGCCAACACUGAAGUUUCGAAGCGUGAAAACAUCGUAUGGGAACAACUCAAAACUAACAAGAUUUGACCGAAGUAUGUCGCUACCGUUGAGUUCUCCCUUAUCAAAUCAAGACAGUUCUUUUGACAGCGAGACCUCCGACAGUUCCCAUGCGCGGAGAAUGGAUUUUGCUCUAUGCGAAGUGGGGAGUGGGCCCCGCAGCAAUAGCCCCCUCAUUGACGUGGAAGCCGUGUCUGAUGACGAAUCGGACACCCACAACAGUGGUGUAGGGGAGCAAGAUGCGCGGGUGCUAACUCUAGCAGAGCAAAUUAUUGCUGCAAUUCCUGAACGGAUCAAGAAUGAAAGUGAAGAAAUGAUGUUAGAUCACAGUCCAGAACCGAGCGAUACUCUUCAAGCUAAUGACACACUAUCUGACGUUUUUAUGGAGCCACUCCUAGAUCAAACUGGCACUUCAUUCGAACCUUCGGAGUACAACUUUGAUUUUUCCGAUCACAACUACAGGUAUUACGAUGUCAGCACCCCUUGCUCAAGCUUAAGCCCGGCAUCGUCGAGCUGCUUACAGUCGCCCUGCUCCUUCACUUUAGACUCCCCCUCGCCGCCACCAACAACCGCGGAUUUCUGCGAGUUCUUUCAGGCGUCGGGAAGCUUAUUUGAGAAAGAUUUCUCUAAUCUAACUCUCUCAGAUCAGGAACAAAGGGAGCUGUACGAAGCGGCGAAAAUCAUCCAGAAAGCUUACCGCUCUUACAAAGGGCGCCAACAGCAAGAGCAGGACAAGGAGAGGGCCGCCGCUAUCAUCAUACAAAACUAUUACCGACGUUACAAGCAGUACGCCUACUUUAAGCAAAUGACUCACGCCGCCAUGGUCAUUCAAAACGGUUUCCGCUCGUAUUGCGAACACAAACGGUUUAAGAAGAACCAGGAGGGAUCCGUGGGAAUACAGAGUUACUACCGCAACUACAAGGAGGGAAAUCGAGAGGGUACGCCCGCUUCCGGUCUGAAGCGAACUUAUUCUCAGAGGCGACAGCACCAAGCCGCUAGGAAGAUACAGCAGUUUAUGAGACAGUCCAAGAACAAUACAUGGAAUGAGAAAAUAAACACGACGAAAUUAUUUUCAGGUAAAAUAUCUGACGUCACCGGAACCUACGACCUCUCGUUCUUCUUAGCGGGAAUAUUCAUAAUAUUAUCAGGCUUAAUGCUACUGAUCUUGCCCGUUACCAACAAGGUCAAACGUUACACGUUACAAAGGCAAGAGUCGACGUCCGACAACUCGAACGAAGAAUCGAAGUGGCGAAAGAUCCUCAACACGUGCAUCAAAUCCAAAACAAGUCCCAGUAAAAUAUCUGACGUCACCGGAACCUACGACCUCUCGUUCUUCUUAGCGGGAAUAUUCAUAAUAUUAUCAGGCUUAAUGCUACUGAUCUUGCCCGUUACCAACAAGGUCAAACGUUACACGUUACAAAGGCAAGAGUCGACGUCCGACAACUCGAACGAAGAAUCGAAGUGGCGAAAGAUCCUCAACACGUGCAUCAAAUCCAAAACAAGUCCCAGCAAGUGCGCCCCGGAGAAUCACGUAUAA